GAGGAGACAAGAUUAAAACUGCCUAAACCAUAGUUUGUGUUAGAAGUUAAUGAUUCUUCUACCAAGCACCAGAACAGACUUGCUUAAGGAGAGAAUACUCAGACUUCUGAGCAUUUGUAUGGUAGUAUAACUGCUGUUGUGGAUACAGAACAUAGAUCACUCAGUAAAGAAAUCAACCAUGACAGUGGAAACUGAAUCCAACAGUGCCCAUGGCUCAAACCAGGAAGUAGAACCUGCCCAGCUUUUGGAUGAUGAAGCAGAUAAAAAUCUGCCAGUCAAAAAGAAGACUUCCUGUUGCACUGGCUUGAAGGUAUUUCUUGCUGCAUUGUCGUUCAGCUACUUGAGUAAAACACUGUCUGGUACAAUUAUGAAAAGUUCCAUCACUCAGAUUGAACGAAGGUUUGACCUGACAUCAUCUACUGUUGGUCUCAUUGAUGGGAGCUUUGAGAUAGGUAACUUGCUGGUGAUUGCAUUUGUAAGCUACUUUGGAGCUAAACUUCAUAGGCCCAAAGUAAUAGCUGCUGGAUGCUUUACUAUGGCUUUGGGAAGCAUUUUAACAGCAUUGCCUCAUUUCUUCAUGGGAUAUUAUAAGUAUGAGACAGCAUCACAUACAGCUUCUUCAGCCAACUUAACUUCAAGCAUAAAUCCGUGUUCCCUACAUCAGGAUAUGAAUGAAACCUUGUUGGAAGUCUCCCGAUCAGGCUGUGAGAAGGAACCAUCAUCAUAUAUGUGGAUAUAUAUCUUACUGGGAAAUAUGUUACGCGGAAUUGGUGAGACACCAAUAACACCAUUGGGCAUCUCUUAUCUUGAUGAUUUUGCUAAAGAAGAGGAUGUUCCUGUGUAUGUAGCAUGUUUGCACACCAUAGCCAUGAUGGGCCCAAUGUUUGGUUUCCUCUUGGGAUCUUUAUGUGCAAAACUGUACGUGGAUAUUGGAUUUGUGGAUUUAGGAAGCAUCACUAUCACCCCACAGGAUUCCCGCUGGGUGGGUGCGUGGUGGCUUGGUUUCUUAGUAGGUGGAGUAAGCAGUUUCCUGGCUGCUAUUCCAUUUUGUUUCCUGCCAAAGAGCCUGAAAAAGCCAGAGGAAGCCAAUAAUGACAAGACUUCAUACGGUCUCUUGGAAAACAUGGGUACCACAAAGAAGAUACUUGCUCCUGCAAAAACUAAGCCAACGAAGUGGUCAGUAAUACUGAAAGAUUUCUAUACCUCCCUGAAAAAAGUAUUGAGUAAUCCAAUGUACGUUACACUUUUGUGUUGCUCGCUGUUACAGUUCAAUAGUUUUAUUGGUUUCUUGACUUACAAACCAAAGUAUAUGGAACAGCAGUAUGGACAAUCAACAUCUAAAUCUAACUUUCUAAUAGGUGAGUUACACCAUGCAAUGACUGCUUGCCCUAUAAGCAAUGCAUGGGAAUAA